AUGGUUCAUUACAGUCUCAUCCUCGCUGGUCUCUUCUCAGCCACCCUCAGCGCCGCAGUGCCAGCUCCCCAGCCCGAAGCCAAGGGCCUUUACACCAUCCCCGCCGCCGGACUCCCCAACGGCAUGUACGACGUCGACCUCAACGAAGACGGCUCCACACAAUUCACCCUCGUCGACGCCGCCGACACCACCUCCGCCUACCACGCGCGCAACCUCCUCGCCCGCGACAACGAGGGCCCAGGCUGCGGCACCAAGCGGCUCAGCACCUCCGACAUCCAGCAAGCCUCGAACCAAUGGAUCAACUUCUGCGGCGGCGGCACCAAGUGGUCCGGUCGCUCGAAAGCCUUUUACUACAACGGCGUCGUUGCGUAUGGCUGCUCCUACGGCGGGGAUCAGGGCUGCAACAAGGAUAUGAUGGCCACGCUUUACGGCAAGAUUGCGGGUGCAUGCGGCUCUGAUGUGGAAGGGUACUAUUCUUUCCCCCAGUUCAAGGCUGGCUAUGGGUACACUGUGUCGAACGGUGGAAGCUUUUGUUAG